AUGUCCGAAGACCUCCGAGAUGACUGCCCCGAACUCAAGCGGAGGAAGGUCCGUAAAGGCACCCAAAGUUGUUGGGAGUGCAAGCGAAGGAAAGUCCGAUGCAUCUUCGCUUCGCAUGAAAAUGCCAGCUGCAGUAACUGUCGACGACGGGGAACUGCCUGCAUCAGUCAAGAGCUUCCAGAUACACUGGUGCCCCCCGUUGACAGCCAGGUAGACUCGCGGCUUGGUCGGGUGGAAGAACUUAUCGAAAUAUUAGCUCACAAUGCCGGCAUAAACAAAGCUCAAGAUGGAUCAAAUGAUAAAUCUUCGACGCAUACGACCUUAACAGCACUAGAAGAUGAAGAAAGGUUGCGGCGAAAUACAGUACCAUCAGCAAAAGUUAAUCCAAGCCCUCAAAACGAAAGGAUAUGUAGACAAAAGGAACCCUCUUUGGUUGCUCCUCGUGAUAGAGAUAGACGACUUGCAGGCAAACAUGAAGCAGUGACUCGGGAACUCAUCAUGGCGUGGCCCAGUCAAGAGGAUCUUGAGUUCAUAUGCACUCUUCCAGGUGGUCCUACGAUGCGCCUGACUGGUGGGAUACUCACUCAAUGUCCCGGAACAUUGGGCCGCAUAUUAUCACUUAAAGAGAUAUUACAACUACCUCCCCCAGGCUCCCAUCCGGUUCUAAUCGCCCGCAAGCUUCUCAUGCUUGGAACAUUCCUUUGUGGCGUUCCUCCAUCUAAGAUACAAGAACUGGGAAGUCUUGGUACUCUCUAUACUGAUAUCAUGACUCGAGCAAUUGACACGGCUAUCAGACUCGUGACUACCAAUGACGAGCUUACCUGCUCGGUCGAGGGCAUAGAGUGCAUCAUGAUGGAGGCUUUUUACCAUAAUCAUUCCGGGAAUCUACAUCGAUCAUGGAUGACUGUGCACCGAGCCACUGCAGUUGCACAAAUGAUGGCGAUACAUCGCGGUCUCGAGUCACCGUCGCUGAGAAUUCUCGAGUCGACCACCAGAGAAACUUUCAACGAAGCUCAAAUCUGCUUUCGUUUAGUUCAGAUGGAUCGGUAUCUCUCUCUUAUGCUUGGCCUACCACCAACCUCUCUUGAAGCCACUUUUGCUACGCCCAAGGCCUUGGAGGGAUGUAAUCCCAUGGAACGCCUGGAACGCAUCCACUGCGUCGUUGCUGAACACAUUCUGCGGCGAACUGAGGCCGACCUAAUCGACCUCACCAAAACCCACGAGGACGACAAGCUCCUGCAAAAGAUUGCUGCGGACAUGCCAGCCCAAUGGUGGCUAAUGCCUAGCUUCAUACCUAGCAGUGAAGAUCCCGAGCUAAUGGGUGAUAUAAUCCGCCUCAUGGACCAGUUCGCUCAUUACCACCUGCUGAUCCGACUGCAUCUGCCCUAUAUGCUCCGCGCCUCACCCAAACACAGAUACGACCACAGCAGGAUUACAGCUGUCACCGCCAGUCGGGAUAUUCUAUCGCGAUACCUAGCGUUUCGCACUUCAAGUCCUGUCUACUUUUAUUGCCGCGGCGACGAAUGUCUUGCUUUGAUUGCCAUUGUUGUACUGUGUGCCGCUCACAUCAACUCUCGCAAACAGCAUCAACAAUCUUCCGAAACUGACAACUACGAUACUGUAUUCAAUUUUCUCGCGCACAGUCGCCCCAGUGACCGCGCCAUGAUGGAACGCGCGUUUGAAGUCAUGAAAUCCUCCAGUCGUGGCCUCGAUAGCAUUACCUCUAAGUUUGUCCAGAUCAUUCACCACCUACUUAUCAUUGAGACGAGUGCUGCCAGUGGGACCUCAUACAGCACAAGCUCCUCUAAGGGCGACAAGGGGGAGCUUGAAUUCUUUGGCACAUUGGCAGAUGAUGGGAAGGCCCUACAUAUCUAUAUCCCCUACUUUGGUAAAAUCAAUUUCGAACGCCGUACUAUCUCAAAAGACCCCACAACUGCCCUACUUUCCGAGCAGACCGAGCAAGGCUACGCAUCACUAGCAGGCUCGGACGGCCUAGCUGCGUGUCAAAAUGGGGACCAGCUCGGCAUUCCCAACCCAAAAACAGGAACAUCGCAAUUUGAACAGCUGUCGUCUCCUGAAUCAAAUCAAACACUCGGAGACCACUGGGACACUCCGCCCGAACUAACACACACCGCGAUGGAUCCUUGGGUAGAUGAUUGGGAUCUACAGGGUAUCGACAUAGCUCUUUUUGAUAGCCUUUUUCGCGGCACAGAUAUUUUUAAUGUAGAUGAAUAA